AUGACAGUACUUCUUCCUCCUUUAAACCUUGUUAGUGAACAAUGCUCCAAUGGGACUCAGGAUCAGACAUCAGAGGUCCAAGAUGGCGCUCCAAUAUCGAAACACCCUCCUCCAGAGAACUGGUGCUCGAUAUCAUACUUCGAACUAGACCAGCAGGUUGGAGAGAUUUUCAAGGUGAUGUCUUCGUGUCCGUCAGUGACAGUGGAUGGUUAUGUCGAUCCCUCGGGCGGUAACAGGUUUUGUCUCGGUCAACUCUCCAACGUCCAUAGAACCGAAGCGAGUGAGAAGGCGAGGCUUCACAUAG